UUUUGGAAGGCUGGAAUCCAGUGGCCGCCAUUAUUCUUCGUGGCUUGACGCCCGAGAUAAGACGGUUAAAUAAUUGUAACUAUUAUAUUUAAGGAUAGACUGUUGUUUUAUUAGUUCGUUUUGAGCCGUCAGUCAAUUGUUUGACCCAGCCGCGCAUUUUGAGGCCAGUAUGGACAGACGGUCCAGUACAACAGGAGGUGCCCUUCCUCUGGCCUCCCUCCGCCUGCUGGCCUCCCCGCUGCAGCUGACCUAUUCGUACAUAUGGCAGGUCAUACGGCAGAGGAACGUGAAGCAUUACGGCAAAGUGGAGGAGUUUGUGACCAUGGUGACGCAGAUUGUCCCUGAGCUUCUGAGUUUCAAGCAGACAGCACAACUUAUCUUGGGGUUAAGAGCAAGAAUAAUCUUGGACCUGCUUCAAAAUGAUGGCCCACCAGAUUCCAAGACUAUUCAGACUCUUAUAAAUAGGUUAAAGAUGACAUCCUCAGCGAAGGAUGUAGAGGUGGAGAAAUCCCAGACAAACUUUAUGGUUCUGAUCCAGAAUCUGCUUAAAAAUCCCACCGAGAGGAAACGAUUCUUUCAGGAAAUGUUCCCUGUUCAGUACGGCGUCAAGUUUGACACGGCACUGCAAGCCUUGAUUGCUGGCCUGGUGUGCAAACUGGAGCAACUUCUUCCCGUUCCCAAUCUGUCUCAACUUGGCGCCAUGAUCUCAACGGAUGCAACUGUUCUUGAUGCAUGUGGGGGGUUCAUCCCCGACCGUGGUGAUCUAAAGACUCUUCUGCAGCACCAUCAGAGCAAAGGACUCCUUGGUGUGAAAGCAACUGUCUCGACUUCAGUGGGGGACUGUGUGCUCUCCUCUUUGGCUUUCAUGCCCAAACCAGUAGAAACACCCUCUCCGCCGCCACCACAGCCACAGCAACAGCCACAGCAACAGCCACAGCAACAGCCACAAAAGCAACCAGAGGCUGCAGUCGCGGAAAGCAGCCCUGCCUCUCUCAGUGACAGCGAAGAUGUUGGAGGUCUUUCAGAUGAUGCUUCGAGCCCGGCACCCUCCGUCGAUGCACCUCAGCAGGAAGAGCCAAUAGGCGACAAAACAACCGAUGGAAACGGAGAAAAGGAAAAGGAUGUCACAGCAACAGUGCAAACCCAGCCGGAAAAAAGUUCUGAACAGCAGCAGCAGGAGGCAACAACUCCUGAAGGAGAAAAGAAGGAUGGAACACCAGCAGCGUCAGAGAAACCAGAGUUACAACAGCUGCCUCUGAAAUCAAUCCCUUUCAGGGUUGUUCAAGUGCCCGCCAAGCCUUCUUCCACGUUGGCGAAAGACAACCAAAAGCCUCAAACCCAUCGAGUCACUUUGCAUCAGUGGGUGUCACAGAUCGCCACAAACUCCAUGUCUCUCCCAGCGUUGCCGCCCCUUCCUCCCGGCAGACUGAGCGACGACGACGACGACCCAAGGCCAAGCAUCAGACGGAAGAAGCAGUUGAGACACCUGAUUGAUCGGUUCACCUGCACAGUGUGCGAUAAGAGCUUCCCCUACCAGUCCAAGCUGAUGGACCACGAGCGCAUUCACACGGGAGAGAAGCCCUUUCAAUGCUCGGCGUGCAACAAGAGCUUCCGCACGCAAGCGUUCCUCAACAACCACCUGAAGACGCACAGCACAAUGCGGCCCUUCGCCUGCGGCCAAUGCGGCAAGUGUUUCGCCAAACUGCAGACCCUGACGAAGCACAUCCUCGCCCACAGCGGACAGAAGCCCUUCUACUGCAACAUCUGUAAUAAGGGCUUCACGCAGUCCACCUACUUCAAGCGGCACAUGGAGUGUCACACGAGCCAGAUGACGUUCCCCUGCAAGCACUGCAGCAAAACCUUCCCGACAGCAUUCAAGCUCUCCAACCACGAGCGCUGGCACACCCGGGACCGCCCGCACAUGUGCGAGCGCUGCGGGAAGCGAUUCCUGGUCCCCAGUUUGUUGAAGAGACACAUGGGCUACCACAUCGGCGAACGGCAGUACCUCUGCUCCCAAUGCGGGAAGACGUUUGUGUACCUGUCUGACCUGAAGAGGCACCAACACGACCACCUGCCCAAAACUAAGAUCCCGUGCCCCGUCUGCCAGAAGAAGUUCUCCAGCAAGUACUGCCUGCGAGUUCAUCUGAGGAUCCACACCCGAGAGAGACCCUACCGGUGCCCACUGUGCGACAAGAGCUUCACGCAGGUCGGGAACCUGAAGGUCCACAUCCGGCUGCACACCAACGAGCGCCCCUUCAACUGCGACGUGUGCGGGAAGACCUACAAGCUGGCGUCCCACCUCAACGUCCACAAAAGGACUCACUCGUGUAAGAAACCCUGGACAUGCGAGACGUGCGGGAAAGGGUUCACGGUUCCCGCCCUGCUCAGGAAGCACGAGCAGAUCCACGUGAAGGAGGCAAAUCCUGAUUUUGCCGGCAAGCGGAGGGUGAGGGGAAAGCACAAGAAGCAGUCGCUGAACAGGAAAUACGACGAGGAAGAAGAGGGCAGCGAUGACAACUAUUGAAGGAGACGUGAUGAAUGAGAAUCCCCUGAUGAGUUGGAGCUCAUUGCUGAUCGCUGCUCAGAUAGGUCGAUGGAAACAGCUGCUAUUCAGGGCCAACUUAAAGAUGCCGCUUAGUACGUGGAUCUAUGACUGAAAACAUGUGGCUGAUUAAAAGACAACUGAAUCUUAAGAUUAUAGUUAGAGUUUAGAGUAAAUCAAGUGGCUCUUAUGUGUGCUCAUGCAUGAAUAAUGGUCAGAGUUUGUUUUAGUAAUGCAAACAAAAGGGUAGAUGUCAGAAGUUUAGUUCAAAACAAAAAAAUUAUGCACAUGUCAGGCCUUUUUUGUUUCUGUAAGAACUGUAGCUCAAAAAAAAAAAAUACAGUGCAUCAUCUUUGUACAAUUUGGAUCCUGCAAAAUUUACAGAAUUACAAUUUUAUCCCCAAUAAGGCAUUUAAGGCUAUGUUCUUAACAUUUAUAGAUUAUGAUUUUAAUAAACUCAAAUGAAUGUUGACUGAUUCAUUUAUGGACAGGAAGCGAUGAAAAGUAAUUUGGUUGCAUUUACUGAAUAGAACCGUCUGGAUCUGGCAAAAAUUAGCUGACUCUGGCCGAUGAAUCAGAACCAUUAUUUGAAUAAUUUAAAAAAAAUCUGAUUUUGGAAGUUGUUAAAAAAAAUUGAUGCACUGAUCAUGCUUUUCCUUUCUGAUAAAGACUUUCUACAACACUUUAGAGAAAAAAAGAUGUACAGCAGUUUUUUUGAUAUACUUAUUUUGUGAAUCCAACAGGAAAUGAAAAACUUGGAAGAUUAUUCCCUUUAUGCAUAAAACCACAGAUCCAGAGUCUUCAACUGAUUUUUAAUUAUGUGUUUGUUGAUGCAUUCAAAUCAGUCAAUAAAGGGAAAAUCAGCAGGUUUAUAAUUCUUUGCCGAUUGGUGCAUCUCUAUAAAAAUCCAUCUUUAGCAGAAGGCUGCAUUUUCAUAGUUGGCUUGUAACGUGAGCAUCCAACAAUACUUUUUUUUUCUUUUUUCAAAACGUGACUGUAGACAUUUUUUGUGUAUUAAAAAGGCCGUGGCAGAAAAAGACAUUUUAUUUCACUAUUCUGGUUUAAAUCGUUCUUUAUCAAUAUUCUCUAUUCAAUCAUUGAUGUAAACAUUUAAACUUUUCUGUUUUUGCUGAAUGCCAAGAACCUUUUUGUUUUGAUUUAUGUAUCACUUGUUUAUUUUCUAUUUUAUUACUUAAACAAUAGAAAUUGAUUAUAUUUAAAGUUUAUUACAGAAAAUGUUUCAUUAAAAUUAUGUGCAAGCAGUUAUGUAUAUACCCCAGUUAUAAUAUGCCUGUUCUCAGUAUUUUGGUUUUUCAUGCUGUAAAAAGAAAAAUAAAUGGUAAAAUAACUGUU